UCCCCGAGAUUCCACAACCGCGCGCAGUGUGUUCCCCGUUCCCAACGUACUUCCUUUUCGUUUCACCUGAAAAAACAACCAUUUCCCGUUUCAUUUCAUUCACUGCAUCCCAAGUCUGGCAAUUCCAAUCGGAUCCCUUAUUCCUUUUUCCAGCUGCUUUUCACUCAUCUUCCAAAUCUUUCAAGAUUCAGGACUUUCCCCUGCUUAAUGGCUGACGGUGAAUUAGAGAGGGGAGAGGUCAAUUGUAGGCUUGCUUCCAUGGAUUCCUCCGAGUCCCGAUGGGUAUUUCAGGAUGAGGAUCAAUCGGACAUCGACGAGGAGGAGGAGGACGAGGAGGACGAGGAGAAUGCAGCGCAGCAUCGUAUGGAUUUGGCGUCUGAGGAAGAAGAUAAUGUUGAGCAGAAAUUGAUUCGGACUGGCCCACGUAUUGAUUCCUUCGAUGUCGAAGCUCUUGAGGUCCCUGGUGCACAUCGAAAUGAAUACGAGGACUUCAGCGUGGGAAAGAAAAUUACUCUUGCUUUUCAAACCCUUGGAGUUGUAUUUGGUGAUGUUGGGACAAGCCCUCUGUAUACCUUCAGUGUCAUGUUCAACAAGGCUCCUAUUAAGGAAGAUGAAGAUGUUAUUGGGGCAUUAUCUCUUGUUAUCUACACCUUAAUCUUGAUUUCACUAGUCAAGUAUGUUCUUGUUGUUCUGCUGGCAAAUGAUGAUGGUGAAGGUGGUACUUUUGCUUUGUACUCUUUGAUUUGUAGACAUGCCAAGGUCAGUCUACUCCCAAAUCAACUGCCUUCAGAUACCCGAAUAUCACGUUUUAGGUUAAAGGUGCCAUCUCCUGAAUUGGAAAGAUCACUAAGAAUAAAGGAAAAACUUGAGGCUUCCCUGACUUUGAAGAAGCUUCUCUUGAUGCUUGUUCUUGCUGGAACUUCUAUGGUAAUAGCCGAUGGAGUUAUUACACCCGCAAUGUCAGUAAUGUCGGCUGUUGGUGGACUAAAGAUUGGAGUGGAUGCGAUCAAUCAAGAUGAGGUUGUGAUGAUCUCAGUUGCCUGUCUUAUAGUUUUGUUCAGUGUUCAGAAGUAUGGCACUAGCAAAGUGGGGCUCGCUCUUGGUCCUGCAUUAUUCAUAUGGUUCUGUACACUUGCAGGCAUGGGGAUUUAUAACCUUGUCAUAUAUGAUAGCAGUGUCUUAAAGGCAUUCAAUCCUGUUCAUAUUUAUUAUUUCUUCAAGAGGAACUCUACCAAUGCAUGGUAUUGCCUUGGAGGUUGUUUAUUAUGUGCUACAGGUUCGGAGGCAAUGUUUGCGGAUCUUUGCUAUUUCUCUGUGCAGUCAAUACAGCUUACGUUUGUGUUUCUUGUCUUGCCUUGUCUUUUAUUGGGUUAUUUGGGUCAAGCUGCCUACCUUAUAUCAAACCACAAUGGAGCUGAGCACGUAUUUUUUAAUUCUGUUCCCAAAAGUGCCUUUUGGCCAGUUUUUCUCAUUGCUAAUGUUGCUGCAUUAAUUGCGAGUCGAGCAAUGACUACGGCUACCUUUUCGUGUAUAAAACAAUCAACGGCACUUGGUUGUUUUCCUCGUCUUAAGAUCAUUCAUACAUCUAGGAAAUUCAUGGGGCAAAUCUAUAUCCCGGUGUUGAAUUGGUUUUUAUUGGCAGUUUGCCUGGUGGUUGUCUGCUCCAUUUCUAGCAUGUAUGAGAUUGGAAACGCAUAUGGUAUCGCUGAGCUCGGAGUGAUGAUGAUGACAACUGUCUUGGCAACCAUUGUUAUGCUUCUUAUAUGGCAGAUAAACAUUAUCAUUGUAAUGGGUUUCGCGAUGAUCUUUCUCGGGAUGGAACUGAUAUUUUUCUCGUCUGUGUUAUGGGGUGUGGGUGAUGGAAGUUGGAUCAUAUUGGUCUUCGCAGUGAUUAUGUUCUUCAUUAUGUAUAUUUGGAACUACGGAAGCAAGCUCAAAUAUGAAACUGAAGUCAAGCAAAAGCUGUCAAUGGAUCUAAUGCGGGAGCUUGGGUGCAACCUUGGGACACUCAGAGCUCCUGGCAUCGGUUUGCUAUAUAAUGAACUAGUGAAAGGAAUACCUGCAGUAUUUGGCCAGUUUCUGACUACUCUUCCUGCAGUUCACUCAAUGAUCAUAUUUGUCUGCAUCAAGUACGUGCCGGUUCCUGUCGUGCCUCAGAGUGAGAGAUUUCUGUUCCGCCGAGUCUGCCCGAAGAGCUAUCACAUCUUUCGUUGCAUUGCCAGGUAUGGUUACAAGGACGUUCGAAAGGAAAAUCAUCAGAUGUUCGAGCAGCUCUUAAUUGAAAGCCUCGAGAAAUUCAUCCGUCGAGAAGCACAAGAAAGAUCGUUAGAGAGCGAGGGAGACGAUGAUACUGAUUCCAACGAAAUCCACAGCUCUCGACUUCUUGUCGGUCCAAAUGGAAGUGUCUACUCACUUGGCAUUCCUCUGCUUGCUGAAUUCAACGAGGCUAGACCCAUAAGUGAAGUCAUCCACGUCCCAGAAGAAGUGCAGGCAGUGGAAUCUCCAGAUCCCUCACUCCCAGAUGCAGAGCAAUCACUUGAGAGAGAGCUUUCUUUUAUACGAAAGGCUAAAGAAUCAGGAGUGGUUUACCUUCUCGGCCAUGGAGAUAUUAGAGCCAGAAAGGAUUCUUGGUUUAUUAAGAAGCUAGUGAUCAAUUACUUCUACGCAUUUUUAAGAAAGAACAGCAGGCGAGGUAUUGCCAACUUGAGUGUCCCCCACACCCACCUGAUGCAGGUUGGCAUGACAUACAUGGUUUAGAAGCUCAAGCCUUUUGCCAGAGGAUUACCAAAUAUACGCGCAGCACGAACAGAAGGAGGUCGGCGAAAACAAAAACAAAACAAAAAAAGGAAGGCAAUGGUCUUUGUAUUCUUCAGUGUGCUACAACAUUCAUUUGGAUUCAGAGGAAGCUUUGUCACACUCCCCUUGCUCAUGGGGAAAGUCUUGCAAGGCUCCAUUCUGGGUUGGGGUCACAGUUGCAGUUCUUCGUUCGUGUUCGUGUUUGUGUUCGUGUUCAUGCAUGAUGAUGAACGUGUAGGAUGUUUGAAAUUACGUGAAUUCAAUCGAUGAGAUCUGUUACGACUUAAAAGAAAACUGUUCGAAUUAGUUUGGUUGCUCAUCAAACUUUCAUAUGCAUCAGUGGUUGUCUUGUUGAUAGUUGGUUCCACUA